AUGACUACGCGCCCUCUUCUCAUCCCACACAAGCGCCCGCUACUGAGUUCAAAUAGCCAAAAUGAUAAAGAGAAUCCCAAAAAGACAAAAUCGGUCCCCAAAGUCCUCAAUCCAAGCGCAGUCGCAGCGGAUACACGCAUGAAGAAACCCUUCCCCUGCGCCCUUGAUAAAUACACAGAGGCGCAGGAACCCGAAGAAAACCAACCAGAACCUAUAAAAGUAUCCUUCGCAACACCCCCACAGCCCUUCCUCGAUCCACCGGUCUGGCAAGCAAUGCUAAAACGGGCUCGAGAGGCAACGAAUACAAAUGCUCCUGGGAAUGGGAAUGAACAAUCCGGACCAUCAGAGACGGCGGAUCAGCGCAGACAAAGACAAGACAGGGAAGCGGAGUAUGGAUCUAUGGCUAUUCGAGGACGGUCGAAUAUUAGUGGACGAGGGAAGCGGAGAGAGGCAAGGAGAUAUUGA